AGCAGGCCCUUCGAUUCCGACGCGACGCCACCAACCGCCACAGCACGACCGUUUGUUUUCUCUUGUCGUCCAUUUUCCCACGAGCCCCCUUUUCCUCAAUUUUCGCGUCCACAAGUGUCUAACCAACCUCCAAAUCUCUCUUCCUACAUAACCCACAUAUUUAGCCUCUCUACGAUGGAUUCGCAUGCGAAGAAGACACGGCGAUUCAAGACUUUUCUCUGUUUCCGGCCUGUCGCCGUCGACCACUAUUUAGUCAAGCCACGCCGUGACGGUUGUGUCGACGACGGCAGUUCCGGCGAUCCGGCCUUAUUCUCGCACUUAUCUGAAGACGACAGCAUGGCGCCCCCCAAGAUCUUCACUCGUAUUUCCAAAGAUGAGGUCAAUAUUUGCUCUGAUGAAAAUCUCGGCAAAGGAGGGUCUCGCCGCCGUUUUACUCGUGUUCUUAAAGCCAUUUUUUUCGGGGCUUCAUUGGCCAAGAAGGUUAGAAUCAAGAAAGCACGGAAAAACUCCAACGCAUCGUUAAGAAGCAAGAGCGUGUCUGGAAAAACCAAUGGAACUUUGGAUUCAGCGAAAGUGAAACCUGUCAAAGAACAAUCUACGGUCUUUAGACCAAAGAGUACUUGUUUUGGUGGCCCAGCCACUUCGACGACGCCGUUCUCUUCUUCAUCCGCUUCGUCCAUCAGUUCCAAUUCCAGAUCCUCGUUGUACCGGAAAGUGGAAGAAGGUUGCAUUUCAAAUGUGGGGUUGUGCUUUCUCCUUGUUUUGUUGUUGGUUUUGAUCGUUUGGGGGAAGGCUUGCUCGAUAGUCUGCACCUCAUCGAUGCUAUUUCUGGUUCCCAGCCGGAGGGGGAUUCACUCGCCGGAGGCCGUCGUUUACCCGGCGGAGAUGGACUCGGCGGAGUACAAGAAACGGGUGAUCAUGGAUGGGCUGCUCGAGAGAAGUCGCAAUCGGGUAGCGUAUCUCUGAACUUUGACCAUUGGAAUUGAACGGUUUUCUAUAACGACCUCGUGUUGGACCAACAAGGCUAGAGAGUAGCGACAAGUCAACGCCUGUGUAGUAUAGUGCCCUUCACAUUUUUCAGUUCUUGUAUUUUGCCAAGGGAAUCAGCAAAAUUUUCCCUUUA